UUCCCAGGUCUGUGUAAUCCCUAUGCGAAGUAUCCCUUCCUCCGGGAUACACUUGGAUACAAAACUGUGUGGUGGUACUAUGCGGCAAUGGUCAUUGACCCUCUUCUUCGUUUUAAUUGGGUAUUCUAUGCCAUUUUCAGCGACGAAGUCCAGCAUUCCGCAACAUUGAGCUUCUUCAUUUCUUUGUCAGAAGUAUUUCGUCGAGGAAUGUGGGCAUUAUUCCGUGUAGAGAAUGAGCAUUGUACUAAUGUCGGCCGAUUUCGGGCUUCGAGAGACGUUCCCCUCCCAUACGAUAUUCCAACACCAUCCACAAGUGACCUUGAGGCCGAACGCAAUGGCGUUACUCAACAACCGGUUCCUGCAGGCGCUGCCGGGCCGGACAGAAAACGGCCAACCUCGAAAAGGAGGAGAUCUCUCAUCCAUGCCGAGCCAGUACCGAUAUCUACUACUGCUACUGGUGCCGACAUCGAAGCGCAGACAGCUACCACUCCGAAGCUCCCUCCCCCGACACCAUCAGGCAUGCUCCGUCUCCGCAGGACUCGGACUCCCUCGAGUCCAGGCACCGCUGCAGCUGGAUCACCGCGAACUUUACGUGGCCUUGCCCGUGUUGGAACACUUCUUGCUGAAGCUCACGCGCAAGAUUUUGAACGUAAGCGUCGUCCAGAAGUCGCCAGUGAGCAGGACCAUGAAGACUUGCGUGAUCCGGAAAAUCUUCAUCACAUGCCUUCGAGUGACGAGGAAGAUGAAGACGGGUAUGAGGAUCCAGGUGUCGAUGAUGUAGACAACUCGAGAGAGCUUGCCAAUGCAGAGAGAUUAUUGAGGCGGACGAGCGGAGAACCGGGGCGCACACUCCACGGCACUGAUGACGGAGAAAGAAACGACGACCGGAACGAGCGUCAGGACGGGAAUAAAGGAAACGAACACCGAAAUCUACAUUACGAAUAGGGUGCAACAUCCAACGAUUGGGUUUCAAGCUACGAAUGCAUAACUUAGAGUCGAAGUUUUUCAAAUUUUAAGCAUCA